UUGGCGACAACAAGCAGUCUUGUUUCCCGCCAAGUGCCACCAUGUCCUCGUCCUGCGACGCACUACUCAGAGCACUCAAAACCUGUCUGCUCGAGUCCGACUGCGUCCAGAAGGACGGGCGACUCCCAUCCGACUGUCUGAAACAUCACACAGACGAACUACCACAGCCUUGCCAGAACCUGCGCAAGGCCACCUUCGAAUGCAAGCGGAACAUGGUCCGUAUCUCCUCUACUACCUGCCGAAUGAACAUUGACUGAUGCCAGUACUACCACAGCUGGAUAUGAGAAAGAGGUUUCGGGGAAACACGGUGGGCAUGGGUGCAGAGAAACUAAGGAGAGAGCAGACGAACCACCCCCUC